UGGAUUCAUAGCAGUCGACCUUGCUUGUCCUUAAAUGGUGAACUACCAAACGUGGCAGCAUCAGCCCUGACUUUUAUCUCAUUAACAUUGGCGGAGACUCCAUGGAGUCGUCAUCCGCCUUUGGAAAAUGGGCGCCAAAGAGUUGAAAAUGUUUUUGCUUUUUGCGUUUCGGUUAGUUUAUGCGAAGGCCUCCCGUUUGCCCUUACUAAGUCUUUACCUUUCUCUGUUCCCUAAGAGAAAGAGAGAAAAGGGAAUAAGUCAAGAUUUCAUCAAAAACAAAACAAAACAAAACAAAAAUAAUCAAACAAAACAAAAACAAAAAAAUCAAACAAAACAAAACAAAACAAAAAAAAAACAAAUUUCCAAAUUUUGGGCGUUUAGCCAAUAAAAUUGGAUUUUACACAUCACAUGAAUCCAGAUUGAUUAAAUCGAAAAAAGUAACCAAUUCAACGCAAGGUAAAAACGAUCGAGGAUAGCAUUUGGAGUAAGAAUUCUCGCGAGGUACAAAACACAAAUAUUAUUUGCAACAUAAUCCUCACGAGUCAUGAGUGUGAGUCAUAUGAAGGUCUAGUUUUGACAAGUUUAGGACACCCUCCUGUAGACCUGGUUAUUUGGUUACUUUUCGCACGAAAGUUUUUGAAAGCUUUUGAAGCCUGUCUGCAUCAUGUUCCUAUGUUUUCAUUUAACCGCCACCGAUGGCCUGGCGAAGGCCAGUUCUUAUAAAUGUUGUUUCAUUGGAAAACGGCGUCUCUGAACGCAGAUGAGAGAAAUAGUGUUAGAACCUUUAGUGAUUAAAAGUAUGCGGCGCCAUAGCGUUGACUGCUUAGGGGUUAGCAUUCUGCCUAUCUCGGCAACACACUUAUCUGUUGUCCGACAGGAAAUGGAUAAAAUAAGCAUUCUUUUGCUUUGGUUCAAUUCAUGCUGUAUCAUUCAGCCAAAGAAAUGGCGUCGUCAGAUUUUCAUGACAUACGACAAAACCUUUUAAGCAUCCUGUCUCGCCUGGAAGUUCAAGCUGUUUCUGUACCAUCUUUUCAUUCGCUUUAUACAACUUCAUUGCCAAAGUGUCCACAUCUGGCAGUUCAUGGUGUUUUCAGUCGGAGCUAUUUCGGCCUUCAAAGGGGUAAGUUUGCUGCUGUGAAGCGAUGCCGGAAUAUCUUAACCGGAGAACAAUUUGCUGCCAAGGUCAUACGAAAAAGACGUCGAGGUGGUGGACUGACACCUGAGUCCUUGCAUGAAGCAGCAACCUUGGACUUGUGCCGCUCGUGUCCACACAUUGUUCGGCUAGAACAAGUGUAUGACACACCCGGAGAGACUGUCCUCAUUUUACAAUUAGCAACGGGAGGAGAACUGCAAAGUGUGCUAGAUCGCGACGAAAUACCGGAGGAAAAAGAUGUUAUCCGAUUCCUUCGUCAAGUUUUGAGUGGACUAUUAUUUCUUCAUCAAUACGAUAUAGCACAUUUGGAUUUGAAGCCACAAAAUUUACUAUUAACCGGACCAUUCCCUGAAUGUGAUAUAAAACUGUGUGACUUUGGCAUCGCGAGGCAUAUCGCCCGUGGAGCGGAUGUUCGCGAAAUUCUAGGAACUCCUGACUAUGUUGCUCCGGAAAUAUUGAACUAUGAACCCAUCAGCUUGGCAACAGAUAUGUGGUCAGUUGGCGUUCUGGCGUACGUAUUGCUCACCGGUUGCACGCCAUUUGGCGGCGAAACCAAGCAGGAAACUUUCUGUAAUAUCACGCGAUGCCAACUGGAAUUUCCUAGUGAUCUUUUCGAUGAUGUUUCUGCAACAGCCAUUGAUUUCAUUUCCAGUCUUCUCACCCAGGACCCCAGUAUGCGGCUGACUGCUCAACGAUGCCUUGAUCAUCCUUGGUUAUGUGUCGGCUCUUCCAUCGAUAAAAUCCCGUCAUUCCUGCAGUUUUGCGAAGAUUCUUCCACGCUGUCGUGUAACAGCACGAUCGUACCCGAUGAUGAGGAUCUCGGAGACGAUCAAACGGAUGCGGGUAGCGUGUUUCAAGACACGUUGGACGAAACGGUUGUGGAUGGCCAAUCGGAUCCCCAAGCUGGAGUUGGUUCUCCCGCUAAUGCAGUGCCUUUGGCUACGGCCUCUACAAAGCUAGUCGCUCUUCCCACGCGUACUGAUAUAAAUAAGCCGCAACUUUGCGCAGUGUCCGAGGACUCGUGUUUCACUAGUUUCCCCAUUAGUCGACGAGGGAAUUCGUUGCCAUUUCGUUUGCGGGCGCCAACGAACCGUAGAGAAACGUCGUGCGAUCGGACUAGCGAUUUAGGUUACGGCAGUGACGGGGUCAGCGAAAUCUCUUCGGCUGAUUCCUCAAGUGACCGUUCCAGCAUCAUAUCGUUGGAUGACACACCAUCGGAGUGGACUCAACCUGCAUUGCGUCGAUAUUCCGAUACUUCACAUGCAGCUCAACGUCUAUGGCGUCGCACGUGGGAACGUUUCCUUCCCGCCACGGCUGGAACAUGUGCUGGUCUUCCUCGGCAUCUCUUUAGUCAAGACUGUGAACAUCACGCUGCGUCGAACGAUCAAGAAGCCGCCAAUUAUCGACCGUGGGAGAGAGUGUGUACGGGAAGCCGCGCCCGUGCUUUGGAGCGUUUUAAUACUUCACCUCCAAGUAGCACAGUGGAUCUUUCAAAAUCAUUACAUUCGCUGUCAUCUUCGCUGUCUGUCCGACCGGCAAUAAAGGUGCCCGAAGUCCGAACCCGGUUGCUGAAAGGCCCCACCUGUACUGUCAAAUCCUCGCCUUUGCCGACUAAAGCCUCUCUUGUUCUUUUAGACAAAGCAGAGACUGUCAGAUCUCGCGUGGUCAAGUUUCAGUCGGUUACCAACAGUCCUACCACGUCUUAGAACGUUAGCGUAACUGUUUGCCAUGGCAAUCAAGAAUUUCCUUCCGUUUUCCAUAUCCGUGCUCCCUGCCCUUGUCGUCAUAACUAAGUCGGCCAGAACUCACCUAGCUUUAAAAGAUCUAAGCAAGAAAGAAGUUCACAUCUAUUCCAUUAUUUUUUCCCUCUUUGCUUUAUUUAAUUCCAAACUUCGUCAACAAUGUCAAAGGUAACUCCCUCACCGAAAAAGAAAAAAAAAAUGUGUAACUAGUCACUCUUGCACUAGAGGCAUUCAUACAUUGUCGCACACACGUCCUGCUAUUGUUGAACAGAACGCUUCUCCGUUCCCGUUUUGUAUUAUCCGCCUGCCGUCUAGGCCGUAGACAUAUUUCUUAAUAUAAUAACUAACGACAGUGCCUGUAAACAAAUUGAUUUUGCUUUGUGUGUCAAGGAAGAUGAAAAUGCCAUGGUGAGAACCAAGUCGCAAGUUGACGUUGGAAAAGGUGUUCAUUUCCACAUCCUGAAUUGCCGUGUUUCAAGUUAUUUCUGCGUCACUUUCGGCGAUUUGUACAAGAGCCCGAGUCACCCAGUAUCAUUCCGACUUGUAGAUAACUUCAAAAGCUUUGCCUUUUAAAGGUCUUAAAUCUAAAUAACGUUUUGUUUACCUAAACGGAAAGUACCCGAUUGCCCAGCAUUUUGCUCAGCCAUAAAUAUAGUUUCCCUGGAUAUCUAAUUUUCAAUCUGAAAAGUUGCCGCUUUCGGCCGCGUAACUUAAUUUUGGAAACGCAGCAUAAGCAAAGUGAGGUAAACGUUAAUCAGCAAUGCUGGAAAGGCCCAGUAACUGUGUGGUUUUGUUGGUUGAAAUGAAGUCGAGCAAUACAUUGUAAUUCGCACCCGGA